ACAUGGUAAUGUGAUAUCCUAAGCAAACAUCAUCACUAGGCAGUAUAAAAACAACUUCAGAGACAAUAGAAAGCCAGCAGAUGACUAAAGCCCCCACUAAGGUAAGACUGGUAAGGUAAGAGAAAUGUAUUGGAAUCAAAUUCAAGAAAAGGUUAUUUUCAGAAACCAAAAUGAUCAGUCUUCAAAAGAAUUUGCUUUCACCAUCAUGAAAUUAAUUCAUUUUACAUAUAAGCAGCUAAAACAUUUGAGCCUGGCUAGUUUUCCUGUUUACACCUUUGCAACAGUGCUGUGAGAAUGUGUUUCAAUUAUAAGAUGAUCAUUAUAUUUGCUUUUUGUUUUAAUAAGGCAUUUUCAACUGUUUUCCUCUGCAAAGAUGUCUAUCUACAGGGUACAUUCCAAGCACGCACCCAAGUCCUAUGAGGAAGUGAUGGCUGAAGAGGAUAUAGCCAAGAUGAGGGCAAGCGUGUUUGAAUGGGCUGAGCAGGGUAACGUGGUGGCGUUGGAGAAACAUCUAGCAUAUCUGACCAUCACGGACCACACUGGAGCUUGUCCACUGCACUACGCUACAUCGAGAGGACAUCUUCAGACCAUACAACUGAUCGCACAAGUAGCAGGAGUAAAAGAGCUGAAUGCCGCUGACCAGGAUGGCAAUACUCCAAUGCACUGGGCUGUGCAGAGGGACCAGAGGGAGAGCUGCUCUGCGCUCCUCACCCUUGGGGCUGAUCCGAACGUCUUGAACACGGGCAUUCAGUCUCCACUCCACUUGGCUGUUAGUCUGGGCCACAACACCUUGGUGGAGGAACUCCUCUCUCACAGCCAGACUGAUGUUGACAUAGAGGGAGAGCUUGGAAAUACCCCUGUAAUGAUCGCUUGUGCAACAGACAACCACCAAGCUCUUCAUGCAUUGUUCAAACGUGGGGCAAAGUUCUGUAGCAAAAACAAGUUGGGACACUUUCCAAUUCAUGCCGCUGCUUUUGCAGGGGCAAAAGAAUCCAUGCAGGUUAUUCUUCAAAGGGGAGAGGAGAUGGGUCAUUCCAUUGAGGCACAUAUUAAUUAUGUGGACAAAUUCUGCAACAGCCCCCUUCAUCUGGCGGUUCGGGGAGGAAGCCUUGAAGUCAUUCAGCUCUGCAUGGCAUAUGGCGCCAAAAUAAACAGACAGCAAUGUGAUAAAUCAACCGCUCUCCACUCAGCUUGUACCCAAGGGGCCACUGAGGCAGUUAAGGUCAUGCUCUCAGCAUGUGGGAGCAUCAGUGAUGUCCUCAAAAUCACAGAUGGAUCUAGCCAAACCCCUCUGCACAAGGCAGCCAUUUUUGAUCAUCAUGAACUGGCAGAAUAUCUCAUCUCAAAGGGUGCUGACAUUGACUGCACUGACUACAAGGGACAUUCUCCAUUACUUCUGGCCACAAGCUGCGGUGCCUGGAAAACUGUUAACCUACUGCUCUCAAAAGGGUGCAAUUUUACACUCAAAGAUCCAAAUGGAUGCAACUUCCUGCACCUCACCAUAUUGCAGCCAAGAGGCCUCCGGAACCUUCCAGCUGAAUUUUUACAGCAUGAGAGAGUGCGAGAGCUCCUUCGUGAAGAGGACGGUGAUGGUUGUACUCCGCUCCACUAUGCCUGCAAGCUGGGAGUCCCUGACUCAGUGAGGAGCAUGCUGGGGCUGGAGGUGUCCCCUAACCAGAAGACCAAACAGAAGAAGUCUGCUCUGCAUUUUGCUGCUGAGUAUGGGAGGAUAAAUACCUGCUACAGGCUACUGGAGACGUUGACGGACACCAGGCUGCUGAAUGAAGGCGAUGAGGGGGGCAUGACCCCUCUCCACUUGGCAUCUAGGAAUGGCCAUGUCCGAGUGGUAGAGCUUCUGCUCUGUAGAGGAGCUCUGUGUCAGAGCGAUUAUAAGGGAUGGUCGUGCUUGCACCAUGCGGCGGCCGAAGGCUACACUCAGACGAUGGACACUCUCCUGGGAUCACACGUCAAACUGCUGGACAAAACAGAUGACGAUGGUAACACAGCCCUGCACCUGGCAGCCCGUGAGGGCCAUGCAGCAGCAGUCGGACUGCUCCUGAGAAGGGGAGCGCAGAUGCUGCUCAACAAGAGCGAGGCCUCCUUUCUGCACGAAGCCAUACAGAACAACAGGAGAGAGGCCACUGAAGUAGUGAUUGAGAGCGACAGAUGUGCCGAGGCCCUCACCACAUUCAACCCCCGCUCAGCCAAGCGGUGCGCUGUACAGGACAUGAUUGAAUUGCUUCCUGACACCUUCAAGCAUCUUCUUGACACAUGCAUAAAGGAAUCAGAAGAGGACCCUGGCAGCAGAAACUACUGGAUCGAGUAUAAUUUCCAGUGGCUUCAAACUCCCCUUCGAUUUGUGAAGCAGGCAAGAAUGGACAAAGGCAUAGGCUUUAAGCCCCUUCCAGCUCUGAAUACUAUGGUGCAUAACAACCGUGUUGAUCUACUGACUCAUCCUGUCUGCAGUCAGUAUUUAGAGAUGAAAUGGAAAGCCUACGGGGUCAAAGUGCAUCUACUGAACAUGGCUGUAUAUCUCCUGGGUCUUAUCCCACUGACCUAUCUCAUUUUGAAUCUGAGACCCGUUCUCAAAAUGGAUGUUAACAACUCUUCUAUUACUGAGGUCACCAUGGUUACCACGUCAUUACACCAGCAAUGCAAUAUCAUAAACCUGUGUCUAUUCCUGACUCUGGCGAUGAAUCUGCACUGUAUGGGGAAAGAAAUUGUGCAGAUGUAUCAACAGAAACAAGGUUAUCUACGAGACGUGACCAACGUAAUGGACUGGCUCUCAGCCAUCACGUCUGUGGUAUUUGUGGUGGCUUUACUGCUGGACUUGAAGAGUGACUGGCACUGGCAGAUAGGGGCGCUGGCAGUGCUCUCCGGCUGGAUAAACCUCCUGCUCUACCUACAGCGCUUUCGACGGUUUGGGAUUUACGUGGUUAUGUUCAGAGAGAUUUCAAAGACCCUUAUGAGCAUCAUCUCCAUCUACAUUUAUUUGAUACUUGCUUUUGCCUUGUCCUUCCACGCCCUGAUGAUUAACCAGAAAAACUUUGGCGAUCUGCCAGUCUUGACACUAGUGCAGACUUUCGUCAUGAUGGUGGGAGAGAUCAACUACCAAGACAACUUCCUGAAACCUUAUUUACAGGGAAACCUUCCCUUCCCCAUCCUCACGUUUAUAAUAUUUAUUGCAUUUGUCCUACUGGCACCAAUUCUGCUUGUGAACCUUUUGAUUGGUCUGGCUGUUGGUGAUAUAGCCAAAGUCCAGAAAAACGCUACUCUCAAGCAAAUUGCAAUGCAAAUUGAACUGCACACUAACCUGGAAGAGAAGCUUCCGUACUGGUUCAUGAAGUGGGUGGACCAGGCUACGGUCCGAGUGUACCCCAACAGAUGUUUUGAGAAGACAAGGAGCUUCAUCUUCUCCCUCCUUGGGGAAGAACCACAGGAAGGGAGGACCCGGCUCGGCCAGACCUCCCGUCAAUCAACUCCUCCGGAGCAGGAACUGGCCAAACAGAAGCACAGAAUUAAAGAGAUAUCCAGCCUCGUGGAGAAGCAGCAUAACCUCCUGAAGCUGAUCAUGCAAAAGAUGGAGAUCGUCUCGGAGUCAGAGUAUACGGACGGGCCCAAGGGCUUCCAUUCCCACAUGCACAGCCUUUGCUCGAGGUCAGAUAAGUGGGCCCCUGUCCUCAGAGCAGCGAUGGCCAAGAGGGUAUAGGGGUGCCAGAACAGUGUAAAUGAAAUAGUGGAAGUAUCAAAGGGGUAUGGGAGGAAUAUUGACGUGAAGUACUGCGCAUAAUCUCUCAUAUGCUUUUGUUCUCCCCAAUGUUUUCAAUUACUGUGUGUGACGAUAGGCAACUACUACACAAUUAAGGAGAUGUAUUCUGUCAAAGGUGAAAAUAUUUAUUAAUCACUCUUUAAAUAUAGCAUAAAACAGUGUAAAACUUGACUACUGUAAUAAAGGUUAUACAACAUAAGAU